AACUGUGGCUUUGUUCAGCUUUGUAGUCCGUAAGUAUAAAAGACUCGCAAAACAAUUCAAUUGUCAUUGCAUGGAGUUAAGUUAGCCUAUCCUGCCUAGCUAACAUGAAUCUGUUACAGUGGACACUCUUUGCUCUUUGCGUAGCCACUGCCAGUAGUCGAGUGGAUCUGAGCACCUUGACAGAGCUGGGUAGACCCAAGGACUGCGACAGUCCAGGCUGGAGGGACUCACCAUACGAUAUCUCUACUCUCAUUGGUAGCUAUGUGAAUUUCAACUGUCGCUCGUCGAUCACUCACACUGCGACUGUUUGGCUGUACAAUGGCAAACAAAUAGACAUGCGAAGAGGCACUCUGUCACACGAUAACACAACGCUACGCUAUGGUCCUAUCACGUACAACGACAGUGAUGUUGCGAUUGGGUGUGAGGUGAUGACUCAUUUCGGCAUGCUUCCAAGUCCAUCGGGAAAGAUAGCAGUCAUGGGCCGUCCCAGUUACUCUCCCCUGAAGCUGCAAGUGGCCAAUGUUGGGUCACCAUUUGAGCUGGAUAUGAACUACACUGGCAGAGCACCACCGUCCAAAUUUGAUUGGUUCAAGAAUGGCGAGUACUUCAGUGGAGACGGCAACAGGACCACUACCAGUCACACUGGCAUCAUCUUCACUAGAGUGUUACCAGGAGACACUGGUCAAUAUAUUGUCAGGGCCAGUACACCUAGUGCCGGGGAAACAGAAGCAUCCACAACACUCAAGGUUGCCUUCCAUAGCUCAAAUGGCCGAGUCCAAACUGGCAGCAGUGGAUUACCAAUUGUAUCGUCUAAGUUGGCUGUGGCAGUUGCUCUCAGUCAAAAGGACUCAUCGUCAUCCUCCGAUGUGUCUCGAUCCUCAACCUCUCGCACUGCUGACUACGCUCUUCACAUUAUUCGAUUGUUCAUGCACUUCAAGAGAGCUUCUCCAGUGUCAAGACAACAGGGAGAGGCACGAAUCAAAACAGAGAAAAUACUGCAAGCGAUAGUCAAGCUUAUUGGAUCACAUACCAAUUUCACACUAUCUUCAUCAGAUGCGGAGAAAAUUGCCAACCUAACCAACUGUCACCAUGCUCACAGAGUCCCGCAUUGUAACUCAGUAAACUCAUUCAAAUACCGAACAAUUGAUGGCACGUGCAAUAACUUCUUCUACCCACUCAACGGGGCUUCUGGCCUCCCAUUCGCUCGUUUGCUUCCAGCUAGCUACGAAGAUGGAAUAUCACAACCCCUCGGAACUGCUCAACUUCUCAGUAACAACUCAUUUGCUCCCCCAUGGCCGAGUGCUCGCUACGUCUCAUGGAAACUUAUCAAGGAUUUGAAACCACCUGCUUUGACCACCACUCACAUGUUCAUGCAAUGGGCCCAGUUCGUGGAUCAUGAUUUGGAUAUUGCCCCAGUUUUCGAGGUUGAAUGUGGCUGUGAGCUAAACAAGACUUGUCUGCCCAUCAAAGUGAAUGACAAUGACCCAGUGUUUGGCAUAGCAAGUGAGAAUAAAGCGAAGUGCCUACCAUUUCAGAGGUCCGUCCCAGCCUGCAUGUGUUCACACUCUAAUAUUGCUCGCAAUCAAAUCAAUGAUUUAACAUCAUAUAUUGAUGCGUCAAAUGUAUACGGAUCAACUGAUAAAGUGGCCACUUCCCUGCGGCUAAUGAGUGCGGGUCUACUCAAACAGGGGGGCAGGUCUCAGUCGGCAAAAGGCAACCUGCCCGUUCAAGAGGAUACACCUGAUUUCACGGACGUUCCUUUCUUUGAUGCCGGUGAUAUUCGAGUCAAUGAGCAGAUUGGACUGACCAUCAUGCACACGCUCUGGAUGAGAGAACACAAUCGUAUAGCGAGGAAGCUUGCUCAAAUCAAUCCGUGUUGGAAUGACGAGCAACUCUACCAAGAAACACGCAAGAUUGUCGGUGCCAUGCAGCAGAUCAUCACCUUCCAAGAGUAUCUGCCACUGCUGUUUGGUCGGUACAUGAGCACUUACGUAUCUUCUUAUCGUGGCUACAAUCCUUUUGUGGAUGCUACCAUCCCAAACUCAUUUGCUGGCGCUGCUUAUCGAUUUGGUCAUAGUUUGAUCAAAAAUGAACUGGACAGAUUGGACGUAAAUUUUAGGAGAUUGGAUAUUGGCCCUCUCAAUUUGAACAGAGCUUUUUUCAACCCUCUAGCGUAUUUUGAGAGUGGUGGAACUGAUCCCAUUACUAGAGGUCUUUCCGUCGCUAGAUCAAACCCCACUGAUGAAUUUUUGAAUCGUGUGUUAACCAGUCAACUGUUCACUGAAAGCCCCGAUAAAUUGGGUAUGGAUUUGGCAUCCCUAAAUAUCCAACGAGGGCGAGACCACGGUCUACCUUCGUACAGGCAAUGGCAGAAGUUUUGUUACAAGAUAUUCCCCAGUGUCCGAGCUUCUUUCCGUGAUCAGCAAUCUGUUAACACACUGCAUGAUGUGUACGGUACCAAAGGUUUCAGAGAAGGCAUCGACUUGUGGGUGGGAGGAUUAGCGGAGAAGAGGCUGCCCGGCGCUCAUAUUGGGCCCACUUUUGCUUGUAUUCUCGGACUUACGUUCUCACGUCUACGAGACGGUGACCGAUUCUGGUACCAAAAUCCCUACGUGUUUUCGUCCAGGCAGCUAUUCGAACUGAAGAAGACCUCACUAGCUAAAGUGGUUUGUACGAAUGGAGACAAUAUUCCUACGAUACAGAAAAACAUUUUUUGGCCUUCAAACAAACGACAGAAUUGUAAGAGUUUACCUGAACCCAACUUAUGGUACUGGUGGGACAAGCGAUGCUAUUAUGAGAAAUAUUGGAUUAGUCAAAACAGGAGGCAAAAUUACUAUUGAACAAUCUUGUAGUCCUUUAUAAUUACAAUGCUUGUGUACGUAUUCAUUCAGAAAAAUAUGUUGUUUUUUAUG